GCCAAAGCCGAGUUUAUUCCUCGCUUCCGGGAAAGAACAUCAACAUCAAGAUCCUAUUCCACAACUUCAACGUUGUGGCUGGUGUGUAUAGUGCAAGUACAUGUGUACAUUUUAAAUUACAGUAGAAAGUGCACACACACACAUUGCAAUAUAAUGGCAGAUGCAGUAGUUGACAAGGUACAGCAAUACAAAGACAACCUCAUGACAAAGGCGGAGAAUCUGAUCCUGAAAGGGUUCCCGGCAAAGAUUGUGGAACUGAACCAGUUUUUGGAGUCGUCACAAUUUAACCUGAAGGAUAUGAACAAGAUUCAUCAAGACCUCAACAUUCCUGUACCGGAACCCAUCACCUUCAACAACAGCCACCUGGAACCAGUGGCCAAGAAGGCCAAGCUGGAGAUGAAUUGUAUGAACGAGGUGAGCGGAACCAAGGUGCUGGCGCUUCUCUCCGGUACGGCGCCAUCUAACCAGCUGCUGUCCGACAUGAUCCAGACAGUGAAACCUCACAUCAAACAACUGGUGGAGGAUGCAAACUUGCUCAAGAUGUGGAUCUCCUUCCUCAUUCCCAAGAUUGAAGAUGGGAACAACUUUGGUGUGUCAGUCCAGGAGGACACGCUCGCCGAGAUACAGUCGGUGGAGAGCGAGGCGGCCGCAUUCUUUGACCAGAUUUCUCGGUACUAUGCUUCACGAGCGAAGGUCAUCUCCAAGGUCGCCAAGUACCCUCAUAUUGAGGAUUAUCGGAGAGCUGUGAAGGAGCUGGACGAGAAAGAAUACCUUAGCUUGUGGCUUGUCAUGUGUGAGAUCCGCAACCGUUAUUGCACAUUACAUGACAUCGUCCUCAAAAACAUUGAGAAACUGAAGAAGCCGAGGUCAUGCAACUCGGAGUCAUUGUACUGAAUAAAUUUACUACUUUUAUCAAACUAUUUCCAUUUUGUGAUCUACUGUUUAAGAAUAAACUAGGCUAAUUAGUUUGUAAAAAAAUA